AUGGAGCUCUUUGGGAAAGCUUACCUUAAGGUCCAGACGGGAGAUAUUGCAGUCAAUGGUUUCAAGGCAACCGGAAUUUUUCCUUUGAACAAAAAUAUUUUCACAGAGGCUGAUUUCAUAGCCUCUGAAAUCGAAGCAGAGAAAACAUGCAAUGCACCCCAGGCUGAUCAGUCAAAGGUGGUAGGAUCUACAUCAUCUUCCCAUGCAUCAUUUUCUCAAUGCUGCUCUUCAAGCACUCCAAAGAAUCUACCUGGACCAUCGAAGCAAAUUAGCCCUUUUCAAAUUGCCCCAGUACCCAACAUCAAGAAAAAGGUCACAAAUCGUGGUCGCAAGUCUUCAAGUGCUUGUGUGAUCACAGAUACACCAUACAAAGAAGAGCUUUCGAAGAGCCUGGAAAAGUCUGCAGCGAACAUGAGCAAAAAAAAAUUGCUAUUUAACGAUUUUGAUGGCUCAAAAAAAAAGAGCAGCAAUAAGAUGACAAAAAGACCAAAAAUAAGCUCAAAACCGGAGUCAGAAUCUUCAGAUUCUGAUGGUGACUUACCCGACGACAGUUCGAGUGACAUUGAAAGGCCUAAUGGACAUUACCCAGACGAUGAGGAUGCAAGUUGCUUAUUUUGCAAUGGAAUGUUUUCAGAAGACACUAGAGGAGAAGUUUGGGUGAAGUGUUUUCAGUGUUUUAUGUGGGCACAUAGUGACUGUGCGGGUGCUGAAAAGGACAUUUACAUAUGUGACUUUUGUAAAUAA